AUGCCUAAGUUUUAUUGUGACCACUGUGGUAGGUAUCUUACCCGUGAUUCUUCAUCUGUGAGAAAGACACACUGCUGUGGUUGGAAACACAAAGAGAACGUGAAAGACUCCUACCAGAAAUGGAUGGAAGAGCAGGCCCGGAGCCUGAUUGACAAAACGAUGACUGCAUUUCAGCAAGGCAAUAUACCUCCUGCUCCCUUCUCGGCUCCUCCUCCUGCAUGGACCAUGAUGCUGGCUUCCCUGAGUCUCCAGGGUCCUCUUUGCCCUGGCAGGGUGCCUGCUCCCCACAUGGAAGGCUCUCCCGUGAUGCCAGUGAUGGGCCCUCCUCCUCCUGGAAUGAUGCCCGUGGGUCCUGCUCCUGGAAUGAGGACACCCAAGGAAGGCCACAUGCCUAUGUGUCUGCCCCUCCAAUAA